GAGUGCUUUUGAUAAAUUUUCUAUAAUUAAAUUAGAAAAAUAUAAAUUAAAAAACAAUCAUGGCCACAUUAGAGGACAAGUUAUUAGGUGAAAAGCUAGAGUACUACUGCAGUAGCAGCGAAGGCGAAGACAAUGGCGACGACGGCGACGGCGACUGCGACGACGAACAGGGUGCUCGCGGUAGCAAAGGGUCUGCUAGCUCCGGAUUGACAAUCAACACGGAUCCUAAUGCAGCACCACCGGGCGGUUUUCGCCAGCAAGGCUCGACCAAUACCGGACCCAAGGGAGUUGUGCAGGACUGGCAGCGUUUCAAGCAACUCGAAGCCGAGCGCCGUGAAGAAACCGAACGCCAGCGCUUGGCUUUGGCUAAAAAGCUCAGCAUGACGACUACAACAUCUGCCGAGGACGAGGAACGCAAACGCCAAGAGGAACUGGACGCAGAAUUUGCAGAAUUGAUGAGCGAAGAUUUUCUGCAGCAAUAUCAAAAGCAGCGCAUGGCCGAAAUGCUGCGCCAAACAGGCCACCAUCAGCAGUUCGGCAAGGUGCUGCAGCUCAGCACCCACGAGGAGUUUCUCUCCUGUGUGGAAGAGGAGAAUAAGCACACGACCAUUAUAAUACACAUAUACGAGCGCAGUCAAUCGGCCUGCGCCACGCUCAACAGCUGCUUAGACACGCUAGCCAGCGACUAUCCUUCCAUAAAGUUUGCCAAGAUCUGCAGCUCUGUGGCGGGCAUGAGUCGUGACUUUCGCACCAAGGGCCUCCCCGCUCUAUUAGUGUACAAGGCACAGGCGCUAAUUGGCAACUUUGUGCGGCUGACCGACGAUCUGAGCGACGACUUCUUCGCCUCCGAUGUGGAGAGUUUCCUCAUCGAGCAUGGCAUCAUAGUCGAUAGAGCCUUGUACAAUUAAGUCCACAGAUUGUGAAUUUUAUAGGAUAUAAGCUAAAAGAGCUGACCAAUUAAUGUGUUCGAAAGUCUCGCAUUUAAGCAGAUCACACUUAAGUUUUCAGUUAGUUUCUUCAGGUCUCAAAUGUUUCAAUUUAGUUAUUUAUUUUUCCCAUUUCAAUAAUUGGUUACAUUUUAUCUUGAAGAAGUUUUGUAUACAAUUUCUAUGCAACUUUUUCGGUUUUUUGUUAUGA